AUGAAUGACGAUCCUCGUCUUCUCGGACUUGUGUUAUACGAUCUCUUUAAAGAGAUUUUUAAAUUAUUGAAAAAACAAGAACAACACGACACCAAGAGCACCGAAUGGUAUGAAUUGAUCGCUCGAUUUUUGGUAAAGACUUGCAAUGUCAAUUUUAAAACAUAUUUACCUGCACAGCACGAUUCCCAAAAUUUUGAUUUACAUUCUUUUAAAUCCAGAAUGCAAGACUAUGCAGAGAUUGAGAAUGACCAUGUGCCAUCCGAACAACAAAUUAUUUUAACUCUUCAGGACUUAGAUACAGACACUUCAAACGAGAUGAUUGCUGACAUUCAGCAGCUGUUAAUUCCAUUAUCAGAACUUGAUAUGUAUAAUUUAUUUGUUCAUAAAACAGUCAAGAAAAGCAUUAAAAGAAGACAACAGCAAGCAAACAAAAGACCUGCAGAACAAGUGUUGUCAAGCCAAGAAGGUGAAAGAUAUCCAAAGACGAUAAAACCAAUUGCGAGUUCUUCAAGUGAAUCAAGUAGCUUUAAUGACGAGCAGCGUUUAUGCAAGAAACCAACAUUUGCGCUACCAAAAAGAAACAGCACAAACAGUACAGAACGAUCCUCAUUAAGUAAUGACAAAGACUGUGAAAAAUCAAGCAACGAAGACGAGACAUUUAGUGACAAUGAAUCAUCGCAAAAUACUGAUGAAGAGGAUGAUUCCAACAACAACCUGCAGGAUAGACUUCCCAAAAGGGAACUAACGCAUUCAGCCCCUUCUCAUGCAGACGAAGAACUAACUUCCACAAAACGACCUAGAAAAUCUAAAUUAAUGGCCGAUUCAAAGAAUCACAGUAUCAUUCAGCAAGAGCAAAUCGAUUAUGAUAGAAAAGAGAUCGAAGAAGCCAUUGCAUCCAAUCAACCAAUGAUUCGAUACGAAGACAUCAGGAAGAAAUUAGAGGACUGUGCCAACACACAACUCGAUCCUUUUUCACACUUUUCCUUCUCGAAGCAAAAGGCUGCUCUUGUGAAUUAUGAAGCGUUUCUACAGGCCUCAAAAAAACCCAAUACUCAAACCAUUGGAUAUUUCAACAAUUAUUUCGAUCGAUUCCCAAAAUUAUUUUACACUCUACCGAAAACAGAGAUCACAGGAGCGACCAUCUUCAUUAAAAGAGCACUCAAUGAUGAUAGUGAUUCUGAAUUGCUCAAAAAGAAGCUAAAAACACUUCCGAUUGGGUAUCCCGACCAAUUCAAACUCCUUUCCACGAAAUAUGAAGAGUAUUUGCAACAGCAGAAGAAGUGA